AUGGAUACCGGCUCAUUUCUGGCCAUCGAAUUGAUCCAUGGCGUCGGCUUUGACCUGCACAUUCCAGUGCGACAGCCGUCGCUUCUCAGCAACAAUAGACGAGUCGAGGAACGAGUGGAGGCAACGACAAAGACACCACAGGCUCAAGUGCAGUCCCCCCUUCCUCGUCUGCCAGCACAACCUUUUUCGACUCAAACAGCGCGAUUAAACCGCUUUAGGAUCGCUAUGGCUAUUGCCAAGCCGUUGGCGCACACCCCCAUCGUCAAGCCUGAGCCCCCGCAGCACAAGCGAGGCCGCAGCCUGAUGUUCCUAGCUCACCACGGCGGCAUCGAUCUGACCCAGACUCCAUCAGCGUCCAGACACUCCAAGCACAAACACCAUAAGCACAAGCAUGACCAUCACUCGGAUCACAAGCACCGCCGGCAUCGUAUGCCGGUUUCGGCCACGCCCGUGUACGACCAGUGCCUCGAGGAAGCGAUGAAGCUCAAGACGCGCAUCCUCAUCGAGCACCGGGAGCGUCCCACGCGAUUCAGCCUAAGUGUCAUGAAGCGCGUCGUCAUCCCGCCCGUAAGCAUUCCGAAGAAGCUCGCGGUGCGACGAGGAAGCAAAGACCUCGUGUCUGGCAAGCGCGUGCCGUUCACAAAGGCCAUGUGGGAGGCUCAGAAGCGCACAUACAGAAAGACACACGGCCUGUCGGUUAUUCACGAGCGAUAG